CGUAUGACGUUAUUUUGAAAUUUUAGCGGCCGAGCGCUUGUUGUUGUGUCAACAGGAGCUGCGCUGCCGCGUUAUCAAAGUUGGAAGUCCGUGAAUUACUUUGACUUAAUAAUGUCGUUUUCAAGAGCCCCUUUAAAAAGAUUCAACGAAUACGCAGGUUGCGCCCCUGCACCAGGGUCUUACGAGAUUAAACCUGGAGAACUGAGGGGAGUUGCGUCCUUCGAUAAAAGCGAUCGAUUCAGACCUGUGAAGGCAGGCGCGGGGCAGACACUUCUGCCCCCACCAUCGCCCUCCAGAAGCCUCCUUGUGUCCCCUGUGCGUAGGACUUUGUCGGUUGAUGGUCUAGUUGAAGGGUUAAGUGUGAAGAAAGAGAAGAAUGAUAUGACUUUGGACAAGAAGCAGCAGAAGCUCUUGGAAAAAGAGAUCCGGUCCCUGGUCCAGCAGCGAGGGGAGCAGGACCGUCGCUUGCUUACACUAGAGGAGGAGCUGAAGAAAGUUGAGGCCAAGCUCCUGGUUGCAGUCAGGGAGAAGACCGGCCUUGCUGCCAAUGUUACCACUCUUGAAAGGCAGCGGGCUGAGCUCAAGAAAAUCAAUGAGCUUCUUAAAAACAAGGUCUCUGCUGAUGCUACAAAAAAAAGACUCAAUUCAUUAACAAUGGAGUUGUUGGAGGCGCGAAAUAAUUUGGAUGUUAAACAUAAGGAGUUAAGUGUUCUGCAAAUUACCAGUGAAGGUCAAAUGAAGGCAAUAGAAGCUGACCUUCUAGCUUCCAGGGCAACUGUCUCUGCUCUAGAAGAGAGGAGUAAAGACUUGGAGGACCUUCAUCAGGUGACGAAAACCCAAAAUGAGGAGUUUCAGAAUGAAAAUGCUAGGUUACAUGCUGUGAUACAAGAGCUAAACCAGGAGGUCAGAGUGGUGCAAGGAUACCUAGACACAGCCAAUGAUGAGAUCCAGGAUCUUCGCCUGAAACUUGAAGAGAUGACACAGAAGAAUAUGAUUUCGGGUUCUCAGCUGGACACAGUAAAAUUACUAGAAGCUGAACUGGAGCACUGUGUCACGGACCUAAAAUCCACUGAGGCAAGGCUGAGGCAAAAAGAGGAGGAAGCACUGAACCUCCAACAAGAGCUGCAGGCAUCAAAGGAUGUGUUACUGGAGACGGAGACAAGAUUGGAGAACCAAAAGCAGGAACUUAAAUCUUCACAAGAAGCCUAUAUAGAUUUGGAGAAGAAAAUGAAUGUGGCCAACCAACACGUUCAUGACUUUCAAGCAACAGUGCGUCAGCAGGAGGCAGAGCUGGCCAGACUAAGGGAGGUGCUCAGACGGACCGAGAAGGAAUUGGAUGAGAGAGUGGCACACCUUGAACAACGAUGUCUUUUCUCUGAGGAAGAGAGAUGUAAGACUCAGGAAGAGGGGCUGAGGAGAGUACAAGAGUUGAAGACAGAGCUCACUUUGCUUAAGGAGGCUAAAAGAGAUGAGAGAAAGAAACAGAUUCAGCUGCAGCAGGAACAUGCUGUGCUUACUGAAGAACUGACCAAAGAAAAGGCGCUUGUUGAUUCCUUGUCCGUGCUGGUAAAGCAAGAAAGGGAAGAGUCAGAGGAAAAGCUGAAACAAUUGACAGAGGAGAUGGAGGAGAUCAUGGGAGAACUUGCUAUGUUGGAGGACCAGGAUGAGAAAAGACAGGAGGUGUUGGAAAAGAGUCACGAAGCCAUCCAAAAGCUGCAGGAGGAACGCGAUGAGCUGGAGAAGCAGCUGAGAGACAUGAGGGCACAACUGAAAAGUAAGGAUAAUGAUGUGGCAGCUCUUCAAGAAGAAAAUCUGGCAGCCAUGAAAGAACUUAAAGAAGCAAACAUGAGUUCACUGAGCAAAUUGGAAAGCAUUGUCACAGAGCUGGAAAGCUCCAGAGAUGCUGUGAAGGCAGCAGAAGAGGAGGUGAGGAGAGUGACCCAGCAGAUGAAGGACGAGACAGACAAAGUGAUUCAUCAGAAGGAGGAGGAGAUCAAAAGAAUGCAGGGUGUGUUAGAGGAGCAUCAGGAGAGGCAGCUGGCUGAAGCAAAAGCCAGGGAUGAAAAUGCAAGGUUAUUGCUGGAGGUGCAGACUUGCCUUGCACACAAAGAUGAGGAGCUAAAGGCCAUGGAGAUGAGCCAUACUGCCCUGAUUAGUCAGUUACAGCAGGAAAUGGAGAUGCAAAAAAAGGAGAAAGAAGAGGAACAGAGGAGUCAGAGUAUUGCUCAGCUGCAGGAUGAGAAGGAAAAGGCCCAGAAUCUGCUAGAGGAGGUCAGACUGGAAAAAGAAGGCAUAAUGGAACAGCUUGAACAAGAGCGAGGAAAGAGAGUUGGAAUAGAGAGAGAACUUGAGGAGUUAAGAGGAACUUUGGAGACUGAAAGGAAAGACCUUCAGCAGGUUGAGUCAGAAGUUCCCAGAUUAAAUGCAGAGCUCAACAGAGUUAAUGAGGAAAACAAGCGUCUUCUUUCUCAAGUAGAACUCGCAGAUGAGUCCAGACUCGCUCUUGAAAAUCAGCUAGGUCUGGCAGAGCAGGAAAGAAAUGAGCUUAAGACUCGAUUGACUGAGGCAACUCAGCAAGGUGUGAACCUUCACACUGAAAUAGACGUAAUGGAGGAGGCGAUGCAGUCCCUGCAGCAACAGGUGAACAAACAGCAACAAGACAAACAGGCUUUACAGAGGCAGGUAGAAAUACUGACUCAGGAGAAGGUUACACUGCAGUGGGAGCUGGAAGAGCAGCAGCAGGAGAUGCAAAGACAAAUAGCUGACGCCCAAGACAAAAGCCUCUCAAGUUCAGAGACGGAACAGUGGAGGCAACUAUACGAGGAGCUGUUUGCUAAAGUCAAACCAUUCCAGGAACAACUCAAUGCAUUUGCAGCAGAGAAAAACGCACUGCUCAAUGAGAACGGCGCGAACCAGGAGAAAUUAAACAAGCUGGCCGAUGCUUACGCUCGCCUGCUGGGCCACCAGAACCAGAAGCAGAAGAUCAAACAUGUGAUGAAGCUGAAGGAUGAGAACAUUUCCCUCAAACAGGAGGUGUCUAAGCUCCGCUCCCAGAUGAGCAGACAGAAGAGUGAUCUGGAACAGCUCAAAUCCAAACUACCCGGUGUGCCUUGCCGCAGGUUUGAUCCCAGCAAGGCUUUCCAGCAUGACAAGGAGAACAGGCAGGCUGAAGCAGCAGAGCCUCUUAGAGAAGGAAAUCAUUAUGCCUAAUGGAGCUCUACCAGACAAGAACUGACAACUAAUUGACCGACUUAACUGUUCAACCUCAUACAAAUAUUAACUAGAUUCAGGUGGUAGACUGUUUUUGACUUUCAUAAUUUUUUUAAACUUGUGUUUUUAAGAGCAGUGUCUAAAAAUGAUGACAUUGUUUAAUUCAAGUCUUACGUGCCUACAAUUCAAAGAAUUGGCACAAAAAUGUAUAAUUCAACAUAGUGUGUAUCUAUUUUGUUUGUAGCAGUUGUAAAAGUAGCACUAUUGAUAUGUGAUGACAUUUAAAAGCUCCUCUGUAAAUAAAGAUAGAUUUUAAUACACUUCUUAAGCAAAA